ACACCACGUGAUAUUGAAAUUCGUUAGAAAUCUAGCCGGGGCGGGGACUUCAUAAUGUCUUUCGUUCGGUCUGCCAUGCACAACGCAGCAUGCAUUUCCCGCGCCCACCCCUCUCGCCUCUUUUCGCCCAACUUCCGUUCACUGGCGACCGUUUCCGAUCAACAUUUUAGGGUCCCCGUGAUAGACUUCGCGCCAUUCUGGUCUGAUUCAGAGGGGAUGAAGAAAGAAGUUGCUCGUCAGGUGGUCGAUGCGUUCAAGAACAUUGGUUUCAUGUACAUCAAAAACCAUGGAGUGGACGAGGUCUUCGUGCAAGAGGUGUUCCAUGAAAGCGAUAAAUUCUUUGCUUUACCGCAAGCAGUUAAGGAUGAGCUGGCGUGGAAAGAUCCACGUGCGAACCGCGGCUACGUCAAGCAAGGUAGAGAAAGGGUCACUGAUUCUACCGACCCGGAGGUGAUCAAGAAGCUUCGGGAGACUUCCCCUGAUGUCAAAGAGUCCAUGGAAAUCGGCCUGGAAACAGAUCCAGCGUGGAAGAACCACUGGCCUUCAACUGGAGUGGCUCCUGAUUUCCGUUCAACUAUGCUGAAAUUUUACGAUACAUGCCAUACACUCCAUCUGGAUGUGCUUCGGUCUAUCGCUAUGGGGCUAGGCUUGAAUGAGCGAUUUUUCGACCCGUUAGCUGACCAAAAAUGCCAUACCCUGAGACUGUUGAACUAUCCUCCUGUGUCGAGAAAGCUCCUUGAGAAAGAAGGCCAAGCUAGAGCGGGGGCGCACUCAGACUAUGGAUCCAUAACCUUUGUGUUCCAGGAUGAUGUUGGUGGGCUCCAGGUCCAGAAUCCCCACACAAAGAACUUCAUCUCGGCGACCCCCAUCCCUGGAACUAUCGUUGUGAACGUCGGAGAUUUGCUUGCCAGAUGGUCCAACGACAUUUUCAGAAGUACGCUGCAUCGCGUUGUCUCGCCGACUCGGUCGGAUGCCGCGAGUGGAUUCACGCCGAGGAGACAAUCGAUAGCUUUCUUCUGCAAUCCCAACUGGACCACAAUGGUGGAAUGCUUGCCUGGAUGUGAAGGACUCAACGGUCCGAAAUAUCCUAAGGUCCUGACAGAAGAUUACUUAGUCCAGAGGCUGAGCCAGACUUAUGACUGAAUUCGGCGCUUUAGGAGCGGAUUCCCUUGGCUUCCACCCUCAAUUAAUGGAUUCAACAACACCUUUAUUGCUUCUUGCCACUAAGCUUUCGAGUGUGCCUAUGAUAUGAUCUGUUAGAGUUCAGGCUAUGAAACCAUGCCUCUGAUCCGUGACCGCCCAGGAACCGGAUGUCACGC